AUUGGGACUUCGUAAGGGGUCUGCGCAUCGUCGCGCUCUAAUCAGAAUCUAUGAAUGGUCGAAUGCUUGGCAACGCACGCUCAGACGAUUUCUCACAAUCGGGUGACAAGAAAAGAAAUGUUUUGUCAAUAGCACUAGUCGAUAAUGCACACAGAUCAGAUGGCGUGAAGAUGCAACACUUCCCUGACAGUAUCUGGAUUAGUGAAGAAGAGGAUUCUUGGGGCAAGAUGGGAAAGGAAAUAGGUGUAGCUAGGGGGCUCUCGAGGCGUUGAAGAUUCUCAAACUAUUGUCAGAAGUAUGUUGACACACGGAUUUUGAGCACAGACUAAAUAGAUUGUACUCCACUUGUCUAAAACAGAACAUAUCGGAUGAUACAAAGUUUUGUGAGUCUGCCAUCCACUUUACUAGCUCGAGGACCCAGUUUGUAUCGCCCCAUUCGGAAAUGCUCGACGAAUGAUUCCAAGGACCGUAGAAUAUAUUUUGUAUAAUCUAGGAGACAUGUACCCGAUCAAAAUGCCGUCUUGAUUAUCUCUCGAGAAGAUUCGUUUCUGGAAUGUAAUCUCCUGUCACGACAGCAACAAUCAGGACAGGAGCUAUACUCGUGAACACUGGAAUAGCAGAGACAGUUUGAUGAGGGAAUUGAGCAACAAAAAAGCUAAUACCGCGACUGGCAGUGCUGAACAAAAAAGGUAUCCAGAUAACCGACAACGUCUUGAAGAAACCCGCGUGAAACGGACCACACCAAUGGAUCAUUUACACAAAGCAGCACCAAGCCAACACAUAUUUAUAUACUAUUAGUGAUACUGGAUAUGACAUCAUAAUGAUGCCUACUUUGAGGUAGUGUAAUCAUGAGACACGAAUCAAAGACCGUCCAUGUGGACGAGAGGCCGAGCUUUGCCGGAAGUCUGGUUACCAUCUUUGCUGGUCAGGGAGCCCGAUCAGCAGACAGCAAGACAACCAGAGAGAACCUCCCGGGAAAGAGUAGAGUGGGACGAAUCCUUCUCAAUGACAACCACAGUCAAGACCGGCUCCUGGGUAUGAAACUUGCAGACAUCCAUCAGAUGCAACGGAAGGCAGAGACCUUCAUCACUCAUCAACAGAAGACCUUCCUCGCCAAGAUGGAGAAACGCCAGGAUACGUGGGUUAGAGAGCACAUCAGGUUUUCCACCGGGACCAACUUGUCACGACCCCCUGAGGAUGGAGAGCGGGAGGUCCCACCAACCAGAGAAACGUACAAGUCAUUUCUGGAGGGUGGUGGUGCAGCUGAAGGAGUCGACUCAACAGACGCUCCUAAAGAAGGAGAUGGAACUCUGCCUGCAAUCACGUACCUCACGGAAGGACCAGAUAGUUCAUCGAGGAUUGUUGGAAACGGUGCAACAAUCUUCGCUAAAGAACCUGACGCUUACGAUAGAACUCCUAAUAAAGGAUUUGUAGGUCUUCCGCCAAUCACCGAGGGCAAGAAAUCGGGCUUUGCUCCAUCUGGAAAUAUAAAUGAUAUGUUCGACGAUAAGGCUUUUAAGCGAAGUGCCAGAAAAUGGCCACCAACAAAGGGUUCAGAGGGCGCGGCGGCUAGUUUACCCGUUCUCGAUCUUAAUGAACCUAGAACAAUGACCGCAGGGAAGCUAUCUAACAUGAGUGCAAUAGAAGAACUAGAAGAAUUUCCAGAGAAAUGCAGCCCUUCGCCUCAGUUCCUGUUAUCACGAUCCCUCCCGCUGAUGCAACUGGACGAACAGCAUACGCGAAAGCUUCGAGCUCGUAGAGAACAUCAGCCGAAAAUCCGACGAAAGCGAUCACGGAAUAUGAGCGCUAGGGUGGUCGACAACGACAACCCUUUAGCUGAUGACAGGUUCGUAAAGCUGCAUGAACUUUUAGCAAGCGAGGCUGUCGCUGACCACGAGUCGAGGGAGUUGACUGCAAUAGCAAGAGGGUUUCUUGCAGCCCAAAAAUUUGGACAAAGCUGGAAAAACAAAUGAUUGUCUCAAGUACCACGAUGUACGCAACAUGAACAAACUGCCAAUGAAUUCAAUGUAUUUUCAUUACAAUGUGUCUACAUAAUAUGCCUUCAUAGGGAAGGGGGACUCCCCCAUGACUGUUUGGCUACGAACAGAUUCUAGAAGCAUCAUUGAAGGACGAUGAUAAUUAAUAUUUAUCAAUCUACUCUACACUGUCUAGCAAUACGUCUGCUCGGAGCCGGAAAGGUGUAAACUCUGUUUUAAAGUAAAUGGUCUAAUGCCCCUUUGGGAUUUUCUCUGAGUUUCUGAUUUACAAUUUACAACACUGAGCGUAGGCUUAUCUUCAAAUUCACAGACUGUAGAAACACAUUAGCGAUUCACAUUUUCUUCGGAUUAAAAGGUAUCGGAACACGAUUCAACAUUAAUAUAUAAGGAGUAUAAAUAUUCAGGCACUGUCCAUAUUAUAUAGUUUCAAGGUUUUGAGAGUGCAAUUGACACACAUAACACCUUUUGGCAAGCUUGUAGUUAUCCCUUUUUCACAGUUUGGUUUCUGCAAGCACCCUCUCCCCAAUUCUUCUUCCCUCUUCUGUUUUUGAUCAGAAAGCCCAUUUAGUAUGUACAUGUAGUAGCUCAAUUUAUUGUUUUGGGUGGCACCAAGUGCAUAUCUAAUGUGACGGAAUGAUUCUCAAGCAUUUCUUCGCCACGUACACCCCGGCACUAUACCUGCUUGCAGUUUGAUUAUUACUGUGUAUAAAUUACAUCACAAACGUGUUAUAAUAUUUGUAUGUGUUACGGAAAAUCGGUGUCAGAAAUACUUUGUUUUAUUUUUCACAUAGCUUUGAUAUUGAGGGAGAUUUCAAACCAUUCUGUCAUUCCGCAUCUUGUUUUUAGUUUCAUUUGGUAUUCUGUAAUUGGAUUUCGAUAAUAUCUUUUUCUUGAAUCAGGUCCAGAGCCAUUUAUUUAGAGAGUUUGGCUAACCCGAUUUGUGUUAGGCACUCUAUUGCAAUUACUGCUUUGCUGGACAAAAGAAUAUACGCCAUGUUGUGACGAUAUAAAAACCAAAUUGGCCUAACUCUGUGUGUAAAUGGCUCUAAAAGGGUCAAGGUAUAUACUUUUAGUAUUUAAAAUAUUAAGAAUGAUUGGAUCUUAACAUUACCCUAUCGUCAAAAGGGUCAUCUCGCUAUUUAUGGGAAAAGUUUAGGAAAUGGUAACCCACAAGAUGCACAACGCACUUUAUAGAAUCUAUUAUAUGAUUGUGAUCAAUCGAAGGACUAAAAUGGUAUCAAGGUGCCCUUUUUCAAAUUGGUUUGCAUGAUCAGCUGCUGAUUAUGUUUUAGUGAUGAGGGUACUAAACCUGUUAUUUGAAAUAAUAUUUGAAUGUAUUCAAGGGGAUACAUUCUUCAUUUAUUUAUUAUUCAUUCAUCUAUUUAGUUAGUUUAACUUUUCUGGAGAAAUAAUUGGACUCGAUUACAAUUAAUAUUUUUUAGAUUCGUAUUCAAGAAGAAAUAAAAGCACUUGGCUGCUAUUUUAAUCACAUUAUUUUCUUCAUAUUUUUCAUUCACUUAUCAUGUCUUCUGUAUUGCUGCAUGGAUACUAAGGGAUAUUCUCCUGAUGACAAAUCGCAAUUUUGUUACACCAUUAAAAUCACUCAUCUUUGGUAUUGAGCUUUUAUAUAGCGAUCAUUAUCCGCAUCAUGCACAAUGGCGCUGGAAUAUUUCUUCGGAUUUUAGGCUACCAUUAUUUAAAAGGCGACUAUCCCUAUCUUCAAUUUAUUCGCUACAUUGUACAUCUUCAAAAAAAGUACAUAAAUAUGUAAUUAAGCUAUUUUUGUUUUACUAUAAAUCAUUUAACAGUGCCAUGAAGUAAAACGGUGCCUUUUCAAAAAGAUACAACAUAUGCGUCUAACCAUUUGGAAAUGUGUUUCACUAUUAUAAUUAUUUUGGUAAUAGCAUUAUUGUUCAAAAGAAACUGACCGAUGUUGAUCUUGUUAAUUCUUCUAUUGUUUACUUAGAUUAGUUUCGUUUAUAAAGUAAAUAACACGAUAGUAAAGACUUUCCAUACAUCAACAGAGGGCCAUUUUCAAUACCCUGUUGAAUUCCAUAGAGAAACCAGUUUCGGCUUACAUAAUACACCACAAUACACCCAUAGGCCCGAAUUCACAAAGGAGGUUUGUCGACAAGGUUUGUCGACAAACCUCCUUUAGAUCUUUACAAACCAGGUUUGUAGAAAACGCGUAAAAACGUCAUAUGACGUACGAAAACCAAGGUUUGUCGGCAAACCUCCUUUGUGAAUUCGGGCCAUAAGGUUUGAAUAGUUUUCCCUGACCUCUCUUAAAUAAAUGAUUGUGACAAUAUAGGUUAUGCUUGAUAGAACAAGUGUUUAUCUCAGAACUGUAUUAAUCAGUUUCUAUGACUCUUAAGAUUGAUCAAUACAGUUAUGAGAAUAUAAGCUUUACUUAUCAAGAAUAAAUCAUAUUGUCACAAUCAUUUCAUGAAAAAAUGUCGGAAAAAAUUAUUCCGACUUCAUGGGCUAUAGUGUACGUCACUGCUCAUGUUCUUAUAUUUCAAUAGAUGAUGCACGGGCUAUUAAAAUCGCCUAGGGUUGAUUUACAAAAGUGUUUGCGAUUUUGGUUAAAGAACAUUUACUUGAAAGUGUCAGUCAUACGAGAUAUCUUAUUAUACUUGUCGAUCCGGACGAUUUGCCUCUCUUUCAUUUUCGUUAGAAUUUGUCUGUACCAAAACAUUGCUUUUGUUAAGAAUAUUUUUGCCAAUGUGUACAGUAUGUAUCAUGUACUUGUGCUACUAAUACGUCUUUUUUUUAUAAUAUCGUAUAUAUUUUGUGCAAUGAAUACUGUUGAAUAUCAAUAUUAAAACAAAAAGGUGAUUUUAAUCUCAA